CAACAUUUGCUCACUUGGAUGCCACCACUGUGUUGUCAAGAGCAUUGACUGAAUUAGGUAUCUAUCCAGCUGUCGAUCCAUUGGAUUCUUCAUCACGUAUGAUGGACCCAAAUAUUGUUGGUGAAAAGUAAUAUUCUACAUAUAUUAUAAUUUAGACAUUAUACAGUCACAAGAGGAGUUUAAAAAUUGUUGUAAGAUUACAAAUCACUCCAAGAUAUCAUUGCUAUUUUGGGUAUGGAUGAAUUGUCUGAAGACGAUAAACUUACAGUUGCCAGAGCUAGAAAAGUAUAAAGAUUCCUUUCUUAACCAUUCUUCAUGUCUGAAGUCUUCUCAGGAAGAAAGGGUAAAUUCGUUUCACUUAAUGACACUAUUGCUGGAUUCAGAGGUAUUUAAAUCUCUCUAUUUAAUUUAGCAUUGCUUGAUGGUGAAGGUGAUGAGUAUCCAGAAAAUGCAUUCUAUAUGUAAGGUACAUUUGAGGAUGUCAUUGAAGAAGCUAAAAGAGUUGCAGCUGAAACAACAAAAUGAAAUAUAAUUUAAUAAAAUAUAGCAUAAAAUAAAAG